AUGACGGGAUGGGAGGACACGACCGUGAAGGAGGUUCGUACUUAUCUUGGGCUGCGGUUCUUGAUGGGGCUGCAGUCCAAGAGGCAAAUGCGAGACUUCUGGUCUCGCGACCCUCUGAUGUCGUCGGCGAUUUUCCCGCAGACGAUGUCGCGCGACAGAUUUGAUCAGCUGACAGCAGCACUACACUUCGCAGACAACCAGGCCGAGCGUCAAGCAGAUGAUCGACUCUGGAAGCUGAGGCCUGUCGUAGAUGUGCUCGACAGGCAAUUUAGAGAAGUUUUUGUGCCAAACAAGGUCGUCUCCAUUGACGAGAGCCUUUGGGCCUUCAAGGGGCGCCACCAGGCUCUGCAGUUCGUGCCCAACAAGAGAGCACGCAGGGGAAUAAAGGUAUACAAGCUCUGCUCGAGUUUGGGGCCAGAGGCCGGCUACACCACCGCCUUUCGUAUCUACAUGGGGAAGGAUCGCGGGGACGUCCCCGCGAGCAUGAAGGCGGUGAUAGACCUGCUGGAGAGAGUGGGCCUCAUGGACAAGGGGUACGAAGUACAUACCGACAACUGGUACUCGUCCCUAGUCUGUUCCACCACCUACAAAAAAGAAAAACAAGCGCUGUCGGUACGGUCAGAAGCAACAGGAAGCAGAUGCCGACAGACCUGCAGGCAAAAGGGCGAGGAAGUGUAG